UCCAGUAGUGCUCCAGCUUUCCGACUCCUGAAGAGACACGCACCGGCGCCUGACAUCCGUUAACCACCCGAGCAUCUCUGACAUCCAAACGCAGUCACUUAAACAGAACAGUAAUUUGACUCAUCGUUAAAGUGGUAUACAUUACCACAACGCUGUUUUCCCGUCACAUCGACUGAUAUUAUAAAACUUUAAAUGCUGUUGUUAUGGCUAUCUGAAAGGUUCUUGAGACAGUUAUAAGUGCUAAACUGAUGCUUAUAUGAAACAUUUUUGGCUACGAUCUCUCGGAGUCAUCUCUCUUUAAAAAAAUUCUCGGGGAUUGUGAGACUUCCAUGUCGGCGAUGUUGUUUUCCAUCUUAAUCGAUACCUGAGACCAGGGGUCAAGAGUUAAGAAUUGUAUUUGGUGCGGAUCGCCUCACGUUUGAAGAGCAUUAAAACAGAUCAAACUUUUAUCACAUAUGACACGGAUUAUUAAAGAUGAGACGCUUAUUUUGACUAUCACAGUGGGAUAAAGUACAGCGCAUCAUCACCGCACCUUCAGGAUGUUCCGGCGAGGCUGUGGUCUGGAGUUUCUCCUGGUGCUGUGUGGUUUAGAGUUGACCCAGGCGUGUCCGCGUCACUGCAUCUGCUACGACUCUCCCAGCACGGUGAGUUGCCAGGCUCACAACUUCCUGGUGGUUCCAGAGGGAAUCCCGGCCCAGAGCGAGCGCGUCUUUCUGCAAAACAACAAGAUCCAGCGACUGCUGCAGGGCCAUUUCAGCCCAACCACCGUCAUGCUUUGGCUCUACUCCAACAAUAUCUCAUACAUCCAGCCCUCCACAUUCAUGGGCUUCACUCGCCUGGAGGAGCUCGAUUUGGGGGACAACAAACACCUCCGCUCUUUGGCUUCGGACACUUUUCAGGGCCUGACCCGACUCCACGCUCUGCACCUCUACCACUGUGGCCUAAUCACUCUGCCCGCUGGGUUGUUUGAAGGGCUGCACAACCUGCAGUACCUCUAUUUACAGAACAACCAGCUGGAGUUUCUUGAGGAUGACAUGUUCAUUGAUCUGCUGAAUCUCAGCCAUCUAUUUCUGCAUGGAAAUCGGCUGUGGAGCCUCCACCAGAACACUUUCCGUGGCCUAGGGGCCCUCGAUCGCUUGCUGUUGCAUCAAAACCGGCUCCAGUGGGUUCACAAACAGGCUUUCCACGACCUGCGGCGCCUGACGACGCUCUACCUGUUCAACAACUCCUUACCUGAGCUGCCAGCUGAGUGCUUGUCUCAGCUGCCGGCGCUGGAGUAUCUCCGUCUCAAUGACAACCCUUGGGAGUGCGACUGCAAGGCCGUGCCGCUCUGGGAUUGGCUGCGGCGCUUCCGUGGCUCCACCUCCGCGUUAAUAUGCGUGGCUCCGCCGGAGCUGGCGGGAAAGGAUCUGAAACGGCUGACAAAAGAAGAGCUGCCUUCCUGUACGGGCUCGGAGUCGCUCCACCAGAGCAAAUCCAGCAGCCAGGGGGAUGUGGGGGUGUCGCUGAAGAAAGAUCAUCAUCACCGAUCACAUAAUCGUCAUCAUCAACCUCACCUGCCACAUCAGGAUCAAUACUACCCCACCUCCCCGUCGCCACUCCCUCGACCGCCCAAGUCGGGACGCAACAGGAACUGCACGAGGCAUCGCAGCCGCAAGGGCAACGGUCAGAACGAAGUGUAUAACCAAAAGGAGUUAGCCAACAAGGAAUCGGACGACAAAUAUGACCGGUCAAAACCGAGACGAAAGAACAAGUGCAUCCCACAGACUUCGGUGGGGCCCCCUAGUGGUGUGCUAAGCUCGAACAGCGGGUCGGUGUCCCUCUUGGCACCUUGUUUCAUCAUCCCUCUUUACUUAUUGGUGUGUCUCACUGCCCUUAUUUUCCGCUGAGCCUGUGGAAGCCUCUACAAAUGGUUUUACCGAAAAAAACUCAGCCCUCUGUCUACUCUGGCUCCUACACUUCAGUGUGCGAAUGUGUGUGUGUGUGUGUGUGUGUGUGUUCAUGUGUACGUUGGCGAGCCCCUUUUGAGGGACAGAGGACUUGUGCAAAGUUACAGGCCUGGAAUUAAACCGGAGAUGCGAAGACACUCUGGGGUUUGUGGGCAAGAGACGGGACACUAUAUGGACUACUCCUCGAUCAUCACCAUUUUUACACCAUUUCCUGUUGCUGCUGAUAGAUCAGGGCAUAUCAGUAAAAAAAAGAAAAAGUGCAUUUGUUAACUACAUUCGGUUGUACAUCACACCUCUACAGAAUAAUUAGCAGCCCUUUGUGGUCAAGCUUACCACCAUUAAAACCUCCGAAUCCUUGUCCUGACCUUCGACCUGAACACAGGCUGCAGCCCAGAGGGAGGGAAAGUGUGAGAGAAAUACAUAAACAGACUAUUUACACAAAUGUACAUGGAACUGCUGCACAAAUGCGUUAGCAUCUCAGCGGUUUCUGUGGGAGGGUUGUUGUUAACACCUUUAGCACCUGACAAGAUAAAAAUUAAAGCUAAGCACACAGGAGAGGGAUUGUGUUAGUUAUGAGGUUGUUGUUUUUAAUAUAUAUACAAGAAAAAUGGUUGCAUGUGCAAUAUUCGCACAGUUCAUUCACACAGGCCCAACAAAUGCUAACAGGGUUAGCAUGCUAAUCCAAAAAAACCAAAAGUUGUUUGUUGUCGCAAUGUGAAUUAGCACUCACAUUCUACUGUUCUGAAGCUGCUAUGCUGGCGUACUUUAAGGUCAGUAGAGAGGAAAAAGUAGAGUUUAUGAAGGAUUAUGGGGUGGCUCUGGGUUUGUCUGUGUUGUUAUUCGUUGAUUGUGCCCUUAAGAUAGUAUUUUGCAUAAAAACUGGAAGGAAAAAGUUAAGACAUGGAAAGGUCAAGUGGAGCUCAUGCAAAAAGCAUCAUGUGUUAUCUCUUACUCAGCUGCAAUAAUGUGCUAACCUAGAAGGGAAACAACAACACUACAUUAAUAUCUGCAUAUGACACAGUUUGGGAAAAUGAAACGUCUCACAAAGGGGGAAAUAGAGCUGUGCUGAGUUAUGACGUUGAGGCUAACCUGGAAGACUAAUUUGCCAUAGGUUCCCUCAGGAAGUUCCUAUGGGUUUCUGGAAUAGCAGUUUUUGAUUUAUGAAUCAAACAUUUAGACUUUCUUGAUGAUAUACUGUAUGAAUAGCACUAAUGAGGAAAAGAGCAGAUGCUGUGCUACCAUCUAUCACUGUAAAACAUUAUUUUUAUGAUUUUAACAUUUUUUCUUUUGUCAAAUCAACUUAAUGUGGUUCAGAUAACAUAAUAUUUAGAGUUUCUGUUGAUUAAACCAAUCACCUUCAUUGUAUUAACUCAAAUUUUUAAUUUCAAUGAACACCAGGUAACAUACUUUUACUUUUUUUUUUAAGUUAAACCAACAUUUCUUUUUUACAGUGUAUAUAAACCUUUUCAAACCAAGUAUAUGUUUAUACAUAUAUACGCACACACAGUAAUAUAUAUAUUAUUUAUAAUAAAAUGUGACAAAUAUAAUGGUACCCACAGGCUUUAUUUUACUCAUAAAUCAAAAACCACCUUCUGAAAACCCAUUAGAAAAUCCAGAGGGAAACCAUAACCCAAAAAUGCCAAUUCCCAUCCAGGUUUUAGGAGUACAAACUGAACAGCUUCAUAUAGAAAGCCAACGCAAGUUCUGAGGUAAUAAUCCUUGCAAUCCAGAUUAAUCCUUGCAAGCCAUAGAAAAACAUGUCUGUCACUCACCAUCUCUGACCUCUGCCGCUGUUAAGCCAUUGAACACAUGUUUGAAUUGGCAUCCUAAUUCUGAGAGAUAAAUUGCCAAUGAAAAGUCACAGAGCCUCUUCUGGACAGGUGAGGUAAUAGCACUUUCCCCACCUCUAACUUGUCCCCCGUUAAAGACUCUCUACCUUUAUACAAAAGUGAACUGAGAAUAUUAUGACAUGUCCAUUGUGAACAUUUAUUUGUCUGAGAAUAUGUCACUUACUAACAAAAGACUGUGUGUAUAACAUUGUCGGGGGAAGGAUGAAGUUAUUUUGUAUUCAUGUACCUUUUCUUUGUACAUUGUCGUCAAACUGCAAUUUUAAACAUACAAGUGCACCAUGUUAACACUUUUCCUGUCCCGUCCUCUGUCUGUCCUUCAUAUUUCUUCCUCCCUUUUUCAUGACUCAAAUUUUCUGUCUGUUAUGAAACACCACCAGACUCAAAAAGCUGUUUCUAAAGAACAUUAAAGAGAAAUGUGGUCUCACA